AUGCUGAAUGUUGUGGUGGAGUGGUUAAGGUUUGCGUACACUUUCUUGGAAGUAAUCCUCAAUUAUAUCUCCAAGCCAUCACUUAUCAUUAAAAGCCUUUUCUAUAGCGCCGACAGCAACUCUCAAUCUCAUCAGCUUCCUAAUCAUCUCGCUGUCCUAUACACCGAUAAAUAUGCUAUUUCUCUUGAAGCUCUGAGUAAAUUGAUUGUUCAUAGUGCAAGCGCUGGCAUCACAAGACUUACUCUAUACGACCCAUGGUCAUAUAUUUUUUCGAAACGAGAACUUCUGCGAAGGUUAACGCAUGAUAUUAUGCGGAAGGCAUGCUCGAAGCAGCUUGUUGAUGUGGAAUUUUACGAUUCCGACCAUUUCAUGAUCAAUCCGAACAUCACCUAUACUACUGUUAAAAUACUUGGUGCACGAGACGGAAGACAAUCCAUAGUUCGAGCUUGCCGAAGACUUUGCAUGGAAUGUGCGCCGGAAAACAUAACAAUCGAGAAAAUAUCAGAAUAUCUUGCUAGAGAACACAUUUGGGAACCGGACUUCCUACUCCAAAUAGGUAAUUUGGGAACAAUGGCGGAUUAUUCUCCAUGGGUAUUAAGGAUAACGGAAAUAUUGCAGUUGAAAAGCCUUCCCAGUAAUUUUUCGUAUCAGCAAUUCCUUUCAUAUCUCCAUGAAUACUCAUCAAGAGAUCGUCGAAUCGGAAGGUGA